UAUAAAGACCUACCUUAAAAGGCUGUGUGGUUUGCAAUUAAAUAGUAUUUUCUACUCCACAGUAUUUUUGCCUUUGUACUUUCUUUAAACAUGAAAGAGUCUGCAUCUUGAUCAAAGUCAAUUUUUAUAAUGAAGUGUAAUUAUUCUUUUGCAUAUACCCUGUAUAUAAGUACAAGGCAGGUCUGGAAAAUGAUACUAUUAAGAAAACAUAGUAUUUUUAAGUGGUUGUAGAUACCAGGAAAUCAUUAAUCAUUCUCAAUAUUUUUUAUUUAAAGUCUCUCAUAUUGAUUUGUUAAUUUACUGACUUUCAGAAUAUAGAUUUGAAAAGGAUCUUGAAAUAAAUAUGGAAUAAUUAUCAAAACAUGUCUGAGAAUAUAAUUUUUCUUAUGACCCCUAUUAGAGGGUGUAUAUACCAAAUAUUUUAUUCAUGAUUAAUGAUCAAGUAUUAAUAAUGAUCACACAUAAAAGUAGAUCUUUCCAUUUAUUCUGUUUUAGCUAUUCUGCAGAACUAUCUCUCUAGAAUAAAAAACUAUAACAAUACUUUUGUCUAUAAAGAAUUUAACAUAAAAUUUUAUAUCAAGUGGUCUAUCAAACAAUUUAUAAAAUAGAAUAUUAUUAAUAAUUUGUUGAUGCAAUGGAUAUUGAAGAUUAUAUAUCUAUAAAUAAGAAAGUUUUACAAAUAGUUGGAUUUUAUCCAACAAAUAAAGUGCGGAGUUUUUUCUGUAUAUCGUGUAUGUUUCCUAUUAUUAUACCACAAAUAAUACAAAUUUAUCAAGACUGGAAUGAUUUAAGUAUAGUCCUAGAAGUCAGUUCAGUAUUAUUUAUGAUAUUACUUGGUAUGUCAAAAGCACUGGUAUGCACUGUAAAUAGUUCUAAUGUGGAAAUUCUUAUUAAUUUUUUAUUAACGGAUUUUUGGCAAUCUGCAAUAAAGAAUUUAUUUUAUGGAAACCUAGAAAAAUAUGCAAUACAAGCUAAAAAUAUUACAAAAGGAUAUUUGUUUUUAAUAUUUAAUGUCUUGCUAGUAUUUUUCACAUUACCAUUGAUUGAUGUAUUUAUUCUGGAGUAUAAAGGAAUGCUUGGAAAUGAUUCCAAUCAUCUUCCUUUUAUGGCAUUAUAUCCUGAUUCCUUUUAUAAAUUCCCACUGUAUGAGAUUGCUUACAUCUCUCAAAUAAUAGCAACUUCUAUCUGUGGUCUUCUUUUAUUGGCAAUAGACACUUUGAUAGCUACAGCUGUAAUCCACACAUGUGGUCAUUUUGUAACAUUACAAAAAAGUCUAAACAAUUUAAAUAAAAGUUGUAACCUGGUAUAUUCUAUAUCAUUUAAAAAUUUUAGUUUAAUAUUAUUUUUGCAAACUAUGUCUAGUAGUCUGAUAAUCUGUCUAGUAGGCAUACAAGUUAGCACUAGUGGUUUAACAGAUGGUACUAAAUCAAUGAAAUAUUUUUCCUAUUUAAUCAUGGCACUAUCUCAAUUGUUAUUGUUUUGUUUCCCUGGUGAUCAACUGAUCUAUCAGAGUUCUAUGGUUAGCAAAACUAUAUAUUCCAUUGAGUGGUAUCAGACAUCUGUCCCAAUAAAGUCUGAAGUAUGUAUGAUGAUAUUACGAAGUCAGAAACCAAGUUACAUUACAGCUGGAAAAUUUUAUGUGAUGCAUUUAGAAAAUUUUAAUGCGAUUUUGAAUACUUCUCUUUCAUAUUUUAUGGUUCUUAAGAAUUUUAACACAUAG